AUGACGUCCUCCGAUAAGGUCACCUAUGUCCCCGCUGAGGAGAUCGACAAGGGCUUCGCGCACACCACGAACCUGGCCUCGUCGGGCAUGAAUACCAAAGUCCUCGCCUGUUCCGACGAGUUCUUUGCCGCAGCCUCGAACCUGCUCACCCCGACUCCUCCCAUCAACCGUCCCGGUGUUUUCGUGCACACCGGCGCCUGGUACGAUGGCUGGGAGACUCGCCGCCACAACCCUGAGCCCUACGACUGGGUCGUGAUCAAGCUGGGUGUCGCCAGCGGCGCCAUCCAGGGCGUCGAAGUGGACACAGGUUUCUUCGUUGGCAACUAUGGCGAGAAGGCGGAGCUGCAAGGGACCUACGCAACCGCCGACAGCGGCAUCACAGACGAGCAGAUCGCCGACCCCAGCUUCAACGGCUGGACCACCAUUCUACCCCCCCAGCCCUGCGGACCGUCGCAGCGUCGCGCCUGGAAACUCAACGACUACGACCCCUCCAACCCCAAACCCUACACCCACGUUCGCCUGCUAAUGUAUCCCGAUGGCGGAUUCGGCCGUCUCCGUCUCUACGGCCACGCGAUCCCUCCCCCGGCCCCCGGGCACCCCCACUCCGCAGAAGCCCCCAUCGAGGAACUCUCCUCCGCGCUGCUGGGCGGUCUGGCCCUGACAGCAUCCAACCAACACUACACGCCCAUCUCCAACCUGAUACUUCCCGGCCGGGGCAAGGACAUGGGCGAUGGCUGGGAGACCGCGCGGUCGCGCAUCCCAGGCUACACCGACUGGGCCAUCUUCCAGCUGGGCCUCCCCGGCUCCGUCGCCAAGAUCGUCGUCGAUACCAAGGACUUCCGCGGUAACUUCCCGCGCGCCGUGCGGGUGCACGGUCUGCUCGAGGGCAGCGUGGCGGCCGGCGAGGUGCCUGCGCAUGAUCAUCAGGAUUGGAUCCCCCUGCUCAGCGGCGACAAGUUCUGCAAGGCCGAUACCGAGCAUGUGUACGAGGGUGCUGAACUCGCUGCUGGUGGCGAGGACCCGCGCACCUUCACACAUGUCAAGUUGACCCUGAUCCCUGACGGUGGUGUCAAGCGGUUCCGUAUCUUCGGCCGCAGAGCCCACCGCGCUUAA